CGCUCCUGCCUCCGCUCCUCCACCGCGCGUCUAGCACUCAGAGAGCCGCAGCGGCAGCGGCGCGUCGAGCCUGCGGAGAGCCGGGCCCGGGCGCCGAGUGGCAGCCGGAGAGGACACCAGGGCGCACGCCGCAGUCACCCAUCCGCAGCCUCCGGCGCGGCUGACCCGCCACCAUGGCCCGCGGAAAAGCCAAGGAAGAGGGCAGCUGGAAGAAAUUCAUCUGGAACUCGGAGAAGAAGGAGUUUCUGGGCAGGACCGGUGGCAGUUGGUUUAAGAUCCUUCUGUUCUACGUGAUAUUCUAUGGCUGCCUGGCCGGCAUCUUCAUUGGAACCAUCCAAGUGAUGCUGCUCACCAUCAGUGAAUUUAAGCCCACGUACCAGGACCGGGUGGCCCCACCAGGAUUAACACAGAUUCCUCAGCUCCAAAAGACUGAAAUUUCCUUUCGCCCUAACGAUCCCAAGAGUUAUGAGGCCUACAUGCUGAACAUGAUGAGGUUCCUGGAGAAGUACAAAGAUGCGGCCCAGAAGGACGACAUGAUUUUUGAAGACUGUGGCAGUGUUCCCAGCGAACCCAAAGAACGAGGAGAAUAUAACCAUGAACGAGGAGAGCGAAAGGUCUGCAGAUUCCGACUUGAAUGGCUGGGAAAUUGCUCUGGACUCGAGGAUGACACUUACGGCUACAAAGAUGGCAAGCCCUGCAUCAUCAUAAAGCUCAACCGAGUUCUGGGCUUCAAGCCAAAGCCUCCCAAGAACGAGUCCCUGGAGAGUUACCCAGUGAUGAAGUAUAAUCCAAAUGUGCUGCCUGUUCAGUGCACUGGCAAACGAGACGAAGAUAAGGAUAAAAUCGGGAACGUGGAGUAUUUUGGCCUGGGCGGCUACGCUGGCUUUCCUCUGCAGUAUUAUCCCUACUACGGCAAGCUCCUGCAGCCCAGGUACCUGCAGCCCCUGUUGGCCGUGCAGUUCACCAACCUCACCUUGGACACUGAGAUUCGCAUUGAGUGUAAGGCAUAUGGGGAGAACAUUGGGUACAGUGAGAAAGACCGUUUUCAGGGACGCUUUGAUGUAAAAAUUGAAGUUAAGAGCUGAUCACAAGCACAAAUCUUUCCCUCUAGCCAUUUAAUAAGUUAAAAAAGAUACAAAACAAAACCUACUAGUCUUGAACAAACUGUCAUACGUAUGGGACCUACACUUAAUCUAUAUGCUUUACACUAGCUUUCUGCAUUUAAUAGGUUAGAAUGUAAAUUUAAAGUGUAGCAAUAGCAACAAAAUAUUUAUUCUACUGUAAAUGACAAAAGAAAAAUAAAAAUUGAGCCUUGGGACGUGCCCAUUUUUACUGUAAAUUAUGAUUCCGUGACUGACCUGUAGUAGCAGUGUUUCUGGCCCCUGAGUGUUGCUGCCUUGUGUAUUUUAUUUAGUGUACAGUACUGUAGGUGCAUACUCUGGUCGUUUUUCAAGCCAUGUUUUAUCAUAUCUGUUUUCUACUUUAUGUGAGCAAGGUUACUGUCCAAGGUGUAAAUAUUCAAUGGGAAUAAAACUGGCAUGGUACUUUUUUUUCUCAGUUUGGCUCUUUCAAGGAUAAUGGCCCAUCAGUGAGCAUUUUUAACACACUCCAUAGUCUUUUCCUGUGAUGUUAGGUCUUGAUUUUUUCCCCCUGGGGCUGGGGGUGGGCUGUCAUGGGGAACUGCCCUUUACAUUUUACAUGACACUACAGAAAAACACAAGAAGGUGAUGGGUUGUGCUGUGCUUCAUAGCGAACGCCAUCUUGACCUCCUUGCCUUGUCCUCCAGCGAGCUCUGAAGCUGUCUGAGACCCAGGCCUGCACGCUCUGCCAAGGGGCAGGGCUCAUUUGCUUGUGCAUUUUCUUUCUUUCUUUUUUUUUCCUUUCCUUUCUCUGGAGGCAUCACAUGCUGGUGCUGUGUCUUUAUGAAUGUUUUAACCAUUUUCAUGGUGGAAGGAUUUUAUAUUUAUGCAGUUGUACAAUUUUAUUUUUUUCUGCAAGAAAAAGUGUAAUGUAUGAAAUAAACCAAAGUCACUUGUUUGAAAAUAAAUCUUUAUUUUGAACUUUAUAAAAAGCAAUGCAGUACCCCAUAGACUGGUGUUAAAUGUUGUCUACAGUGCAGAUCCAUGUUCUAACAUAUGUAAUAAUUGCCAGGAGUACAGUGCUCUUGUUGAUCUUGUAUCAGUCAGGUUAAAACAACGGACAAUAAAAGAAUGAACACAUUC